GUUUCACAAACAAUAUGAUGCAAAUUAACACAAGGUUUGAUAGAGAAGGAGAGAGAAAGAGUAGGAAGAUUGUCCUAAAAUGGGGAGAAGUCCUACUCCAAAGGUGGAACUGAACAGAGGAAGUUGGACUGCUAACGAGGAUGAGCUUCUUAGAGAAUAUGUUAGAAAUCAUGGUGAAGGGAAGUGGGGCAAAGUUCCGAAAGAAACAGGUCUUAGGAGAUGUGGCAAGAGUUGCAGGCUUCGAUGGUUAAAUUAUCUGAGACCAGAUAUUAAAAGAGGAAACAUUACACAAGACGAAGAAGAUCUAAUUAUCAGGCUACACAAGCUCUUAGGCAACAGAUGGUCUUUGAUAGCAGGAAGGAUUCCAGGCCGAACAGACAAUGAAAUAAAGAAUUACUGGAAUUCAACCUUGAGAAAGAAGGUAGAAGAUAACCAUUCAAAGAAGAUUGACAAGAAAGGCAAGAAAGAUAUAAAUACUAAUCUCCCUUCUCCACUAGUCUUGCAUGAAAAUAAUAACGCCAACACUACUACACUUGUAGAACCCUCUUUAGCAAAAAAUGUGACAGAGCCAUCCUACUCGAAUGACAAGGUUUUGGAAAUAAGUUCUUAUGACAAUGAUGUUCCCAGCUGGGAUUUCAUGGUAGAUCUCAAGGGAGAGCAGUUCAGAUUAUCUGAAUUUCUGCAAACGGAUUUUUCAAAAUUAUGUGAAAGUAAUCUAUUCCCCGUCGAUGGGUCCUCAGCUUCUUCUUCAGAGGAAGCUGCUUUCUUCUACUCUGAAGCCAUGUUCAAGGACUGGAUUGGAGAAGAAGACAGCAUUGAAACAGCUGCACUGGUUAUGGAUCCUUAAUUAAGACCGUCGAAAUUCCACGAAACCACAGUUUCAGUCGUAGGCUUGUAGCUGUAAGUCUGUAACCAUGUUGAUUUCCGAUGUAUGAUUUCAUAUCUAACCGCAAGUUAGUAGAAGUUUGGAUGCUAUGCACAAAGGAUUGUUUGAAUAAUAAAUCUACGAUUUUACACUGCAA